CAGUUCUUGAACACGACUGAGAAGAUUUGGACCUAUCUUCAGAGCAUUUCCAACACGCCCAUGUGCAUCAGCAGAACUAAAGAGUCAUUGUCGCGAACAGACUAUAAGUGUAAACUAUGUACUGGUCAUCCUACUCAAUCAUGCCAAGACGAAAGUGCAUCUCUAAGAAGUGGCAGUGAAUAUCCCGAGAUGGUCGUCACCAAGCCAGGUGGGGCAGCAGUGACCUACUUAUUUAAAUACUUUAACACGAAUGAAUGGUGUGGAAUCUUCACUUACGGAAGCAAUAGUGAAAUGGAGUGCGAAAUGCGCGUGCGGGACGAUCAAGUUGACCAUUCAGAACGGACCGACUGUGAACAAAAUUACGACAAAAUCUGUGAAGGGAAAAGGAAAUACAAGGUUUACGAAGGUUAUUGCAAGUCCUAA